AUGGCUACGGCACAAAGCGACUGCUGCGAAUGGAGCAAAUACAUUCCCUGGGUGAGCACAGCAUUGCUUGGUGUGUAUGUGAUUUAUCAAUUUGUUAAAAAAGACAAAUGUUGUGACUGGGUGAACAAGGACGUGCAGAAAGAUCAACCUAAAGUCGCCACAUCGGUGGACAUUGAGGACCUGGGAGAAAAGACAUCAUUUUGUCGUUGUUGGCGAACUAAAAAGGUUUGUAUUGAUGUUGUUGUCUCGUGUUUCUGGAUAUUAAUAGCUUAUUAUUGUGGGUAUUACAUAUAAGGUUAAUUAUUAACUAGUUCAAUAUACACCUUCCGGAAUCUACGUCAUUUCGGCUAUGAGAGGCAUUACCCCCCUUGAUGUCCGCCAUUUUGAAUAUUUUCAGGGGGGUGAAUGUCUCUAACACACACUGGUGUCAGCAUUUUGAUGACGAAUUACGCUUACACCAAAAUCAUUGGAAAAACCAAGGAUAGACCUCCUUAUCUGUGGUCUAUUCUUGGUUUUUGGAAAAAACAAGAAUAGACCUCAUUAUCUGUGGUCUAUUUCUUGGUUUUUCCAAAUCUCGUACCCAGAGCAAUGCCUGUGCGCGGGCUAGGAUGGCAUUGGCUCUGGGGAAAUUGAAUUUUUCCUGUGCUAUGAUUGGUUUAACGUUUAUCAAUCGUGCAUGCCGACAAAGAACUGGAAUCCCUAAAUUUAGGGGUUCCGAAUUUAGGGGUUCCGAUUGUCAAUUUCCCCAGAGCCAAUGCCAUCCUAGCCCGCGCACAGGCUUUGCUCUGGGUACGAGAUUGGGUUUUUCCUCGUUGUCAUACUCGCUAUAGCAUCUGAUAGCUAUGUUUUCAUUUAUAAACCAUUGUGUAAUAUCAUGACUGGGUAAUUAAACCAACACACUGCUAUUCAAAUGGCGAAAAAACAAUACACAGUUGUAAGUUCUUUGUAUGAUUGCAUGGUGAUAAAAUAUAUAAUAGUUUUGUUUGUGGAAACACCACAUAAAUUUAUUACUGCAAAGCUUUCGAUCCAUAAGCCCGAAUCUUCAUCAGUGCUGAUAAUAUGAUUAUUAGCACUGAUGAAGAUCCGGGCUUACGGAUCGAAAGCUUUGCAGUAAUAAAUUUAUGUGGUGUUUCCACAAACAAAACUAUUAUAAUACACAGUUGACGAUGAACAGACCAUUUCUUACAUAAACCAAGACAAAGAUGAGCUAGGUCUAUUAUCAUUUGUCUGUAUCGAGUUCCAUAACCUUAUUCUAUAGACUAUAUUAUUUGCCUAAAUUAUGUAUCAAUGACAAACAUGAGGCUCUGUAGCCAAAGUGACAUACUUUCCGGAAGAGUGUAUUCUCGGAUCCGACUAGGCAAUUCCAGCUUUUCAUUUAUGUGUUGGCAGGGAGAUACGGGAAGUAAGGUAUCAUAUUGCUGAUUAUGCUGAAAAAUUUCAAUAUUUACAAGACUAGUAUAAGCUAUCACUCUGUGUUUACAUGGCCACCAUUUUUAGUUUUUUAGCAUAAUCAGCAAUAUGAUACCUUACUUCCCAUCUCCCCUGCACGCAUAAACUAAAAGCUGGAAUUGCCAAUUGACGCCACCAAUUUUUCAUUUCACUAUCUAGAGAUCUUUGCCAAAAUUAGACCUCACAAUUGAAAUAUUCACACUCAAUCUAGCCUGGUAGAGUAAAAUAAUAAAGUAGGGGACAUGGUUAAAUUAAUAUUAUAAAAAUCCUAACUUGAAUUUCUCUCUGGGGCAGUUGCCGCCCCCCUCCCUGUUGUGUACUGCCAAAAGUAGGCAAAUGGACCUUUCCCCUUAUGACUAAAAUUUUGAUCUAGACAAAAAUUUCAUCACAGCUUGAAAGAGCAUCACAAAAUUAGUAAUAUUCCAAAGUUUAGUUGCAAAAUGUUGUAAAAUGCGGAUAAUAUAGCCAUGCAAAAUUUGCCGUUUUUCAGUCAUUUUGUAUUACGCGGGGGAAUUUGACAGCCCAAUCGGGUGUUGUGGCAUCAAUUGUAAUACAAAAUGACUGAAAAUUGUAAAUUUCGCAGGGCUGUAUUAUCCGCAUUUUACAACAUUUUGCAAUGAAACUUCAGAAUAUUACUAAUUUUGUGAUGCUCUUUCAAGCUGUGAUGAAAUUUUUGUCUAGAUCAAAAUUUUAGUUAUAAGGGGAAAGGUCCAUUGGUGAGGUCUGGUAAGGUGUAUGUUCCUUCCUAUUAUUUCUAGUGGCCGUACUGUGACGGAAGCCACAAAGGACACAACAAGUGUACUGGGGAUAAUGUUGGACCUCUCGUUAUCAAGAAAGAAACAAAGUGA